ACACAGGUCUCGAAACAAAGCUUCGGUACCCUUUGUUUUUCACUAAUGCUGCUCUCGGCAAAACUAACGAUAAAACUGCCGUUAUAAUGAAGUUAUACCCGUGAACUGGACGACAUUUUUUGGCAAGUGGCUAAAGCUAAUUCCGAAGCAGUGUUUGGUUAUCGCCGUUGCCUGAUUUUACCUACUUUACCUUUCAGUGCUAACACUAAUAAUUCAUUUACGUAGGUUUACAUGUACUUUCGUGUAGCCAGCCAUAGAAGUUGUCACGACAAUAGGUAGCAGCUCUUUUGCGGUGUUGUGCCCAGAGGAGUAUGUGUGAGGUCAAAGGUCAGCUGGAAGUCCAGCCAGAUGGAGGUCAGGAGGAGCAUCAAGACAAACCCUCUGUGAAGACUGAGUGCAACAGCUACUCCAGGCCUGAGUUACAAGGUCUUGUGCUUCGAGGUCAGAUGUCAGUGGAUGAUGUUCCAUCUCCAGCUGCAGAGUCCGGCUUGUUGUCUCUGCCUUGGGAGAUGAUAGUUCUCAUUGCAUCACAUCUUCCUGCUCAGUGUGUUAUUUCUGUGCUGCCAAAGGUGUGUCGUGCAUUGGGUAAUGUGGCCAAGGACAGUACUGCAUGGCAGCUUCGUGCACGCAAGCUAACAGGAUCCCAAGCUGGCUUUCCGGUGGGCCUGAGCACCGAUUUUGACUGGAUUAAAGCUUGCCUGGAGAUGGAACAACUGAUAUUGUGCUGGGGAGGCCAAAAACAUCUUUCGGCCACACGGUCCCAAGAUGAUGAUCGGGAAGUGGAGAGAGUGAUACAGCAACAAAGGGCAGGGCUGGAAAGGGAGCCUGUUGCAGAGGGACAAGAAGAUGAUGGUGAUAGGAGGCAUGAUGAGGAGAGGGAGGAUUUGGCAGAGCUGAAGGUUCCUUAUGCUAUUGAGGAAGAGAUGGAGAUGGCUUUGGCAGAACCCAGGCAUUUGGAUAAUGACAAUGACAUGGAAUUGGAGCGCCAUCAACUCUGCAGUCCUGCUCCAAGCACAUCCUCAGCGCUGGAGUGUAUCACUAUACAAUCAGACCACAUUGCCCAGGUGAACUCGGUCCUCCUGGUGGGGGAUGCGGGGACAGUUUGUGCCACAGGUUCUAGAGACUGGAAUGUGAAACUGUGGGACUUGCAAGAAGGUUCUGGUGGCUCUCUAUUACAAACAUUGGGAGCACAGGGCAACUUCAGCACCCAUCGGGGUUGGGUGUGGUGCCUGGCAUCUCGAGGACCUCUGUUGGCUUCAGGUGGCUUUGACAGCACAGUCAGGCUGUGGGAUCUCGAUUCAGGUGGGGCAGAAAGAGGUCUGAUAAGGACGGGGGCUGCCGUUCUCUGCUUGUCAUAUCAAACAGAUGUGUUGUUGGCGGGUACGUUUGACAGGAGAGUCCGAAUAUAUGACAUCAGAGCCGCUGAACCCCUGGUGAAGACCCUUCAUCUGCACGGUAAUGCUGUGAUGUGCCUGGCUGAAGAUGACAAAUACAUCAUCUCUGGUAGUAAAGACUGCACCGUUGCCAUGUAUGACCGGAGGGCAGGCAAAUCUUUGAAGCAGCUUCAGCUGAACUCCUACCUGCUGUCUAUGAGCUACAGCGACAGUGAGUUCUGGGCUGGAGACUGCAAAGGCAUGAUCCACUCCUUUUCUAUGGAGGCGGGGAUGUUUAAACAUGUAUCUCAGUUUGAUGUGGGGCACACAGCUCUGAUCACCGGGAUUUACAAGUCACCGGGAAGCCUCUACACCUGUUCAACUGAUUGUACUGUUAAGAUACAUAUUCCUUGUGCACCUCCAAGAACAUUAUGCACGCUUCGUCACCAAAGUACAGUGCUGCGGCUGAAUGUGCAGGAUGGAGUCCUCGCUGUAGCCUCUGGGGAUGUGGGAUGUGUUAAAGUAUGGAGGCCUGCAAAAUGAAAGGAAAGUCCUCUAAACUGUGUGGUAAGAUCAAAAGCAUCAGGUGUGGAAGAUGCCUGACACCUGUCAGGACAGUGCUGGUUGAUCUGCAUUAUGGACUAAAUUACAGAGCUGCAUUUCCUUUGGUGUGUGUCAGUCACACAUCCAGGCACAAUGCCGGCUGGUGUGAAAAAAUUCAAGUGGAUUGUUUAAGUAAUGCACAGUUUGAUGCAAUUUUCUUACAUUGUAACCACUGUUUCAAUUCAACAGCAAAUAACACUCCUAAAUAUACGCUGUGUCCAGUGGUGGGCAUAGCUAACCAAAAAGUUAGCUUUGAUAAGAGCUAAUCAGCUAACUGUAAAGUUAUCUUUUAUAAAGCUAAACCGAUAAACCACCCAAAAAUUUAUUGGAAUCUACA